AUGGAUACUCCCACCGGCUACAGGUAUCCCCCGCGCCAGGUCUCAUGGUUGGUAAGGGACGUCUUGCUGUUCAACAUCAGCGUGGGAGCCACGGCCGACGAAUUACAUCUGACAUAUGAAGGAAGUCCGAAUUUUCAGGCUCUUCCGACUUUUCCAGUCGUGCUCCCCUACAAAGGCACAUCACAGGAAGUCGUGGACUUUACCACCCUUCCAAAACCAACAGAUCUCUCUGAGAUCCCCAGGAUUCCCAUUUUUGAUAGGCAGCGGGUCGUGGAUGGAGAGAAGCACAUAAAGAUCUUUAAGCCGCUGCCCCUCACCAGCAAAGGGCGACGGUUCGAACUCCACCAAACAUUGCUUGGAAUCUACGACAAAGGCAAACCCGGAACUGUCAUUGAGACCCAGACUGACUUGCUUGACAUUGAAUCACAUGAGAUCUAUGCGACGGUAUACGGCAGUGUCUUCGCUGUUGGCCAGGGUGGCUGGGGAGGAUCAAAAGGGCCCGAGACCAGGAAGAUUGUUAUGCCCAAUGAUCGCGGUCCUGACUAUGUUCAUACCCAAACUACGACCAAAGAAACUCCUUUGUUAUACCGACUAAAUGGCGAUUACAACCCGCUACAUGCGCAUCCUGGGCCUGGUCGCCGAAUGGGUUUUGGUGGAUCUAUUCUACAUGGACUUUGUACGUGGAACAUGGCCGCACACGCUCUACUCAGCACAGUGGCUGGAAGCAAAUCCUCGUCCAUGAAGGAGUUUCAAGCCCGCUUUGUUGCGCCUGUGCGCCCUGGCCAGACGUUGUACACCCAGCUCUGGUCAACGGGUGAACGAGAUGCGCAAGGGUACGAGGAAUUCCGAUUUCAGAUGGUGAAUGAAGAGGAGAAGGUGGUUUUGGCAAACGGACGAGCAAUCAUCAGGCCAGCAUCCCGGAACUGCCAGGUAUGA